CAAGUACGCCUGUCUGGACCAGCCGCUCCAGCUAGCUGCAACAGACAACUGUCUCGUCUACUCUUUCGGCAUCAACUACGACUGGAGCUUCGACGAGGCCAUGGAGCGGUUCGGCUGCGAGGUGCACUCGUUCGACCCCACCAUUGACUAUCCCGAGGGUCCACGCUCCCCGGGCAUCACGUUCCACCACAUCGGCAUCGGAAGGAACAACCACACCAACGUGUACGGCUGGAAGAUCCACACACUGGAUGAGAUUGUGAAGAUGCUGGGCCACGAAGGUCGCACCAUUCAUUACCUCAAGAUGGAUGUGGAAGGGAGCGAAUUCAGUAUGCUGUCACAACAACUGCUCGACGGCAAAGGCGACUUCGUGUUGGACAAGGUGGAGCAGAUCGGCUUCGAGAUUCACUAUCGGCUAGAUCCUCGGCUAGCUAUUGAGUUCUACCAAAGAGCGGAACGUUCAGUUCGAUCUUUGCAGCAGCUAGGAUUUAACGUAGUCCACUGGGAGUACAACAAGGUGGUGUGGCAACGGUACAUGUUCCCGGGCGUGGAGCGGCCCGUCAGCCUGCUAUACGAGAUCCUGCUGGUCAAGAACGGACCGGACACCUGGGACAGGUCAACCCGAGGUCAGAAGGAAGCACGCUUAGAUGACCCGAGUAAAAAUUUGGUGAACACGUGA